ACCUAACCGCUAGUACAUAACUUAUACUAAUGGUGGUUACUUGUAACCAGAGUAUAACCCAUCAAUUAAAUAUUUUUUUGUUGAUAGUAAGUUAAACAUAAAUUUAUAUAAUGGCUGAUACAGAAAUAUUUAAUAGUAUUUUAAAUACGAUCAAUAAUAAUACUAAGAACCCAGAGCAAUUUUUAAGUGUACAACACGACAUUGCCAUAGAUUUUAAAAAUUCCAUAAAGCGUUUAUAUGAUUUUACAAAACAGCAGUCACAAACAAAUACGAAUGCCCUGCCAGAGCUUGUUACAGAAGGCUUUGAUGAAGAACAGAUCUGGCAGCAGCUUGAAUUGCAAAAUGAGGGUGAACUUGAUCACCUGAUUGGUGAUGUUUCUAAACUUUUAGCCAAAACUAAAGUAUUCAAAUUACCAAUUAGUACAACUCACUCUAUAUCGGAACCUGAACAAAAUGAAGAUUUAUCGGAUAAUGAAGAAAAGAUGAUAGAGGAUGAAACCUCAGAGGAUGAGGAGAAGCUACGAAGUAAUUUAAAACAGCAAACGAAUGUAAAGAAAAGAAAGAAGAAAUCAUCAAUAGUAGAUGACAAGUUUUUUAAAUUAGAAGAGCUGGAUGAGUACUUAACAAAAGAAGAAAAAAAAGAGAAAGAGGAUGAAAAGAAUGAAGAAGUAUCUAGUGAUGAAUCUGUAGAUUUAUUCAAUUAUUUUUCUGAUGAUGACACCCAAACUGAGAAAGCAGAACUAUUAAAGUAUGCAGACUUUUUUGAUAGUCCAGAAAGUGAAGAUGAAAAUCUUCAUUAUUCCAAACGAUGCAAAAGUAUAAAUGACAAAGAGUCUGAUGAUAAUGAAUCGCUAAAUGAUGGCAAUGAUUCAGAUAACGAAAUGGAUAUAGAUAGUGAAACAGAUAUAGAUAAUAAAAUGGAAGAUCCAAAGUCUUCCAAGAAGAAGGUUACAUUUAAUCUUACAAAUGAUUCUGAUGAAACAGAUAGCAUAGAAAAUAAAAAUAUUGAUCUGAAAGAAGAUGUAGAAAUUAAAUCUUCUCUGGAAACGCGACAAGAGAGAUUAAAAAAGAGGAUUGAAAAGCUAGAAGAGGAAGCUAUAGGAGACAAACCUUGGCAAUUAAAGGGUGAAGUCAGUGCAUCAAGUAGGCCACAGAAUUCAUUGUUAGAGGAAUUUGUCGAAUUUGACAUUACAACUCGACCUGCACCUGUAAUAACUGAGCAAACAACAUUAAAACUAGAAGAUAUAAUUAAGCAAAGGAUAAAAGACAAAGCUUGGGAUGAUGUUGAGAAGAAAUUUAAACCAGUUGAGACACCAUUAGAGUACAAAAAGAGGUUGAUCUUGAAUCAGGAAAAAAGUAAAGAAAGUUUAUCUCAAAUUUACGAGAAUGAGUACAUUAGACAGAGGGAAGCAUUAAAUCCAAAUAACAAUGAGAAAGAAGAAGAGGAACCAAAAUUGCAUACGGAAAUUCGUAAAAUGAUGGAUUCUGUGCUCUCCAAGUUAAAUGCUUUGUCUAACUUCCAUUACACUCCAGCACAGGCUAAACCCGAAAUAAGGAUCAUUAAUAACAUGCCUGCAAUCAAUAUGGAGGAAGUGGCACCAGUUGGAAUGAGCGAUGUCGCUUUAUUAGCUCCAGAGGAAAUUAAAGCCAAACCACGAGGUGAUGUGAUUGGUAAAUCGGAAAGAACCAAAACGGAUAUGAAACGAGACCGAAGGCGCAAGAAGAUGAGACAACGUGCACGACAACAGGCCAUGGAGCAAAAAGAGAAGUUAAAUGCACUCAAACCAGGCGUUGCUAAGAAAUACAAGAAAGAAAAGGCAACAGAGUUGGUAAAGAAAUUGAGCAAGAAUCGGAAUAUUAUAAAAAUGGACGAGUCCAGUUUCAAAGCUCCUAAGUCCUCUACAGCUUUCUUUAAUCAACUGCAAGACGAAGUAAAGAGCCAUAUUAAAGCGAAGACUGAUACAGAUAGUAGCAAGAAACAAAAAAAUGUUCUAUCUGCGAUGAAAUUAAAGUUAUAAUUUUUGUACCAAGUUAUGUAAAUAUAAAUUGAAAAUGUUAUAUAAUUAA